GUGCCCGCGAGCGCGAUGGCGGCGGCCGCUGCUCGGAUCCUGGGGCAGUGGGUGCGGCGCCGGCCGCCGUUGCUCGCGGCCGGUCGGUGUCCGCGGGCCCCGCACACAGGCCUGGCGUGGCUGCCGAGACGCAGCAGCAGCUCGGCCGCAGAGGCGCCCGCCGCCAAGGCCGAGGCCGAUCCGGCGCUGCGCUGGCUCCUGCUCGUCAUCCCUGUCACCGCCUUCGGCCUGGGCACCUGGCAGGUCCGGCGCCGGGAGUGGAAACUGAAGCUCAUCGCGGAGCUGGAGUCCCGGAUCAGGGCCGAGCCCGUGCCUCUCCCCGCUGACCCACUGGAACUGCAGAGCCUGGAGUACAGGCCCGUGAGGGUCCGGGGCCGCUUUGACCACUCCAAGGAGCUCUACAUGAUGCCUCGCACCCUGGUGGACCCCGCGCGGGAGGCCCGGGAGGCCCGGAGGCUCUCCUCCUCUGCUGAGACUGGGGCUUACGUCGUCACCCCCUUCCACUGCACCGAGCUGGGAAUCACCAUCCUGGUAAACAGAGGCUUCGUCCCCAGGAGGAAAGUGAACCCGGAGACUCGGCUGAAAGGCCAGAUUGAAGGAGAGCUGGACCUGGUUGGGGCAGUGAGGCUGACUGAAGUGAGGAAGCCUUUUGUUCCGGAGAACCUCCCAGAAAGAAACCAGUGGCACUACCGGGACGUGACAGCCAUGGCACAGCACGCAGGCACAGAGCCCAUCUUCAUUGAUGCUGACUUCCGGAGCACAGUGCCUGGAGGCCCCAUUGGGGGGCAGACCAGAGUGACACUGAGGAAUGAGCACCUGCAAUACAUCCUCACUUGGUAUGGCCUUUGCGCUGCCACAUCGUACCUGUGGUACCAGAAAUUCCUACGUCGGGCGCCCGGUGUGUGAUGGAGACCACUGAACAGCAUAUGCGGGGGAGCAGUAGGAACCCAUCCCAAAAGACUCCAAAGGAACAGACAACAGCUGAAGAAAACUUUUAUUAUGAUGUCUAUGUACAGACUGGAGCAUGGACCUCAGGGACCACAACUCAGCCCAAUUUGGUGGCCAGUUCUUUAGCCUUUGCCUUUUCCAGUUUGGCAAUGCGUGCCACAGACUUUGGACCCAAAAUAUUGCCGCCCCAGUGCCGCCGAAUCUGUAAAGACGGGUGCAGUAGUCAGCUGGGCCUGGUAGGAGGGGUGGGGGCGCUACAGGGAUGAACCCAGCCAGGAUAGAUCUUACCUCGUCAUAUCUGUCAUUGUAGUUGGUCCUGAUGGCUUCCACCAGCUUGGCCAGCGCUCCUUUGUCUUCCCUAAUAGAAAGGAGAGGGGACAGUCACUGGCCAGCCUCCCCCCUGCCACAAGCAAUAAAUUCCACUUCAUUUUGCCUCAGA